UUCCUCCUCCUCCUCCUCCACCCCCCCUUCCUCCUCCGCCCGCCCGCGGGGCCCCCCUCGCCUUCCCGCCCGCCCCUAUUGUUCCGCCCCCGGCCUCCCGCCCUUCCCCUUCCCGCCCGCUCCCCUUUUCCCCUCAGUCGCCUCGCGCCUGCAGUUUUUGGCUUCACCCCCACCAGUGACCAAAGACUUGACCACUCAAAGUCCAGCUCCCCAGAACACUGCUCGACAUGGACACCGGUGUGAUUGAAGGUGGAUUAAAUGUCACUCUCACCAUCCGGCUACUUAUGCAUGGAAAGGAAGUUGGCAGUAUCAUCGGAAAGAAAGGAGAAUCAGUUAAGAAGAUGCGUGAGGAGAGUGGUGCACGUAUCAACAUCUCAGAAGGGAAUUGUCCUGAGAGAAUUAUCACUUUGGCUGGACCCACUAAUGCCAUCUUCAAAGCCUUUGCUAUGAUCAUUGACAAACUGGAAGAGGACAUCAGCAGCUCUAUGACCAAUAGCACAGCUGCCAGUAGACCCCCAGUAACCCUGAGGCUGGUGGUCCCUGCUAGUCAGUGUGGCUCUCUCAUUGGGAAAGGUGGUUGCAAGAUCAAGGAAAUACGAGAGAGUACAGGGGCUCAGGUCCAGGUGGCAGGGGAUAUGCUCCCCAACUCAACUGAGCGGGCCAUCACUAUUGCUGGCAUUCCGCAAUCCAUCAUUGAGUGCGUGAAACAGAUCUGCGUGGUCAUGUUGGAGACUCUCUCCCAGUCCCCCCCGAAGGGCGUGACCAUCCCGUACCGGCCCAAGCCGUCCAGUUCUCCAGUCAUCUUUGCAGGUGGUCAGGACAGGUACAGCACAGGCAGCGACAGUGCGAGCUUUCCCCACACCACCCCGUCCAUGUGCCUCAACCCUGACCUGGAGGGACCACCUCUAGAGGCCUAUACCAUUCAAGGACAGUAUGCCAUUCCACAGCCAGAUUUGACCAAGCUGCACCAGUUGGCAAUGCAACAGUCUCAUUUUCCCAUGACGCAUGGCAACACCGGAUUCAGUGGCAUUGAAUCCAGCUCUCCAGAGGUGAAAGGCUAUUGGGCAGGUUUGGAUGCAUCUGCUCAGACUACUUCUCAUGAACUCACCAUUCCAAACGAUUUGAUUGGCUGCAUAAUCGGGCGCCAAGGCGCCAAAAUCAAUGAGAUCCGUCAGAUGUCUGGGGCGCAGAUCAAAAUUGCGAACCCAGUGGAAGGAUCUACUGAUAGGCAGGUUACCAUCACUGGAUCUGCUGCCAGCAUUAGCCUGGCUCAAUAUCUAAUCAAUGUCAGUUUAGAAAACGCUAAACCCUCCUCCCAGGCAGCCUCCGUCACGAUCCCUGAUCACCUCAGCAUCAACCUCUCUCAACCCUCCACCCCUUCUUCUUCUUCUUCCUCCUCCACCACCACCCCCUCGCUCGCCACAGCGGGGACCUCCGACGCACCCUCCAGCCUCCCCAACCCUCUUCCGACCGCCCCUUGUGUCUCCAGUCUGCUUGGCAUGAAACCCAUCCCUCUCCUGGCUCUAAAUGUUGUGUCUGCUGCUAAGGGUACCGGGGCUUCAGCUACCACCACCACCACCUCUGCCGUGCCAUGUGUAACUAACAAACUGAAAGGCGAGAAACAGAGAUUCUCCCCCUACUGAUUGAAUAUCUUGAGGUACCCCUCAAGUAUUCCUUGGUUUAUUUUGUUUUUCUUUGUUAACAUUGGUGAGAACCAAACAAUUGUGAGCUUGUGACCGUUUCCUUUUUACUAUUUUGGGAAUAACAGGGUGGGGGUGGGGGCAAUGGUAACCUGGGGUUAGGUUUAGGCCAUUUCAUCGGAGUGCCUGUUUCAGAGUCUGACUUGUUGAAUUCUUUAUCUAGAGCCACAGUUCUUGAUCUUCUUUUUCAUUCUGUUACUUUUUUGUAGCUUUAUUCUGCAUUGCAAUAUAACAAUGUGUUAGGCUCUGUGUUAAUGAAUAAAAGCUUCUCCGUUAA